CUUCUUGCCUCCCCCGGGUCUUUCACUCUUUCUUAGACCACACACUCUCUCUUUUGCUAGUUUGGCCAUGUCUGCUUCACUCCCUGGUCCUCGCGACCUGCCUGUCUCUCAAUAUGACUUGAAGUCCUACUGGGGCCGUGUCCGCCAUGCUGCUGAUAUCUCCGAUCCUCGGACGCUGCUCGUCUCGCCCGCGGGCCUGGAGCAAGCCAAGAGCUUGAUUGCUUCCUACAAGCAGAACAAGAUCCCUGUUAUGACUCCGGAAUUGUGGAAGGCGAAGAAGGUGGUGGACUCGACGCUGCACCCUGAUACCGGCGAACCGGUCAUACUUCCUUUCCGCAUGUCUGCUUACGUCCUGACGAAUCUGGUCGUUACGGCAGGCAUGCUCACCCCGGGUCUUAGUACGGCCGGCACUCUUCUCUGGCAAAUCGGCAACCAGUCGCUCAACGUCGCCAUCAACAAUGCCAACGCCAACAAGUCCACCCCCCUCUCCACCUCCCAAAUCGCCAAAUCCUACCUCAUGGCCGUGUCCGCCUCUUGCUCGGUCGCCCUGGGUCUGAACGCCCUCGUGCCGCGCCUCAAGAGCAUCUCCCCCAACACUCGCCUGAUUCUCUCUCGUCUCGUCCCCUUCGCCGCUGUCGCCAGUGCCUCAGCCCUGAACGUCUUCCUCAUGCGUGGCGAGGAGAUCCGCCGCGGCAUCGACGUGUACCCCGUCCUCUCGGACGCAGACCGCGCUAAGCGUGAAGCCCUCGGCGACGACGCCGAGCCCCUCCAGAGCCUGGGCAAGAGUAAGAAGGCCGCAACCCUCGCUGUCGGCGAAACCGCCAUCUCGCGUGUCCUGAACGCAACCCCGAUCAUGGUCCUGCCCCCUCUGAUCCUGGUCCGUCUCGAGAAAACCGCCUGGUUGCGUGCGAACCCGCGUCUGACCCUCCCCGUGAACUUGGGUCUCGUUUUGACUACUUCCCUGUUCGCUUUGCCGUUGGCCUUGGCGGCUUUCCCGCAGCGUCAGGCUAUUAGUGCUGCUUCUUUGGAGGAGGAGUUCCAUGGUCGGGGUGGUGCUGAGGGGAUGGUUGAGUUUAAUCGGGGUAUGUAAUUGGGAUUCGAUUUUUUUCGGUUUUGUCUUUUGGGCGUUUGAUUAUAGCGUGUGCAUUUUGCAUUUGCAUGUGCAUGAAUGAAUAGAAUUUUUGGGCUUUUACUGCGUGAUGAUUCUCGGGUUUGUUGUAUA